CAACAUCAUCCCCAACCCUCACCCCAGACUCAGUCCGCCUAAUUCAAAUUUAGAUCAAGGUCAAAACCGGGACCGAAAGUCCGCUGUAGUGCAACAUGGCGGACCCUUUCGAGGUUCGAAUGCGCUUCAGUAGCUCCCUGCAGCAUCUGAAUGCGUCCGUCACUUCAGCUCAGAAGGCGGCUCAGUACGCCCUCAAGUACAAGGAUAUGGACGAGGAUCUGCACUCUUGUAUCCUGGAGCAGCUGGAACGGAACAAUAUGAAUACGCGCGCCAACAUCAUGUACUUCAUUGAGCAUUUCCUUGAGAUGGCCCAGAAGGACAAGCACAUGGACUAUGUCCGCAUGAUGCAGCGCGACAUCAUCCGCAUCGUCGAUGCCGUCGCCCCCGAUGAUGGAUCCGGCGCCGCCAACGUCAAAGUCGUCCGAAGAGUCCUCCGAGGCCUCCAGGACAAGGACUUCCUCGAGGCACGCACAGUAACAGAGAUCGAAGAGGUCCUCAAGGAGCGCGAGACGAGCGCCCACGACGCGGGCCUCUCGUCCCCCGUCAACGGCGACGUCGAGAUGGGCGACGCGCCUGCGAGCCACGCGAUGCCGGCUAACGGCCGGGGACCCGCCGCGCGCCUGGAGAAGCGCCAGAUUGAGCAGCGCAUCGAGGAGGACCGCGAGCGCCAUAAGCGGCUGCGCGAGAGCAUAUGGGCCAUCCCACCGCACGGGAACGCAGAGAUUGACAAGAUUUGGGAUGAGACGAGCGAUUUCGGCGACGACGACCACAUCCUAGGUGAGGAGGAGUUUGCCGAGUGCUCUCAGGCCAUGAAGCACUCGUGUCCUCCUAAGCCGCCGGUCGGUCCUGCUAGUACGCGCAUUACGAAUGGAAAGAAGAACUGAGUGAGAACUAUCGGGUUCUCUUCCAAAGCAUAUCUUGGCGUUUCGGGAAAAGGGUGGAAAAAGUAGGGCGUUCGAGGGUCAGGUUUCGCGACACGACAAAUACCACAGGUAGCACUAGGG